AUGUCACUCAAUCCGUUGAAGAGGUCCUUCGACACCAUGAUGGCCAUGUUGAAGGUGAAGGAAUUGUCAGAAGAUGCCAUCAUGACGACCGAUUCUCCCUCUCAAAGCUUCAUGAGUACAGACUCUGGCGCAAUGGACAUCGACAAUGAGAACGAUCCGAAAUACAGUGGCCGCGACGUCCAUCGCCUUUCGUCAUCUCAUUUGGGAACGCAGUCUACUCAACAUGUCAACACUUUCAUCGUAGAUCAACAUGGCAGUCACGACUCCACCAGCACCACAGGCCAAACGCUGAACACCUUUCAAUAUUUCGCCGACCUGCCUUCCAAGGUACGCUUAUUGAUCUGGUCCUUCGCCGCUCCAGCAGCACGGACUCGUUUCCUCGAACUACACACCUAUAACACCAUUGACCACACCCCUCGCCUCCGCUAUAUACCUCCACUUCCGCCUCUCUUCUCCACAAACCAGGAAGCCAGGAGCUUCAGUAUCGCACAUGAAGGUGGAGAGAUCGUUACUUUUACGUCAAGCACCUUCACCGAUUUGUUGUCUUUUCACGGACGGAAAAUUGGCGAACCAGAAGAUGAAGAAGAGGAGGAAAAAGGAUUCUAUUUCAAUUUCAACCUGGAUAUUAUCUGGUUGAGUGUUAGAUUUACAGCCGCAUGUAACACUACCGAGACACUUCGUCUCACGACGCUAUCUUCCAUCCUUCCACCUACCACUCUAUCGCGCAUUCGACGUCUCCUAAUCUCAUACUCUGGAAUCGACUCAUAUGCUCUGAUCGGCCCUCUAUUACGCCCAUAUUCACAUCUCACGACGCUGUAUCUGUGUAUGAACGACGAGCGAGUUCGAGAGAAUGUGAAAACGUUGCUGAUGAAGGGUAUACCGGCCAAGGGGGCGAUGGCGGACAAGUUGAGAAGCAUGAUUGAGCAGGCUGAAGCUGAGGAGACGGACGAUGAGGAGGAAAGUGAGGAAAAUGAGAAGGAGCGGCUGGCGGUGAGGCAGUGGAGGAGGGUACUCGAAGUGGAUACAAAACUAGGCGAGUAG